AUGGAUCCUGAAUUCCAGUCCGUUGUUCCAAUUUUAAGAAUUUUUGAUGUCAAAACGGCCGACGAAUUCUACCUCGAUUUCCUCGGAUUCACGGUGGACUGGGACCACCGUUUUGACAAUAAUGCACCAUUGUAUCGUCAAAUUUCCAAAGGCGGCCUCAUUCUACACCUCAGUGAACAUCAUGGAGAUGGGAGCCCCGGCAUAAAAAUUCGCGUCAUGAUGAAACGGGGGAUUACUGGAUAUCACGAGUGGCUUAUCACCAAGAAGUAUCGAUAUAUGAGACCAGGGAUAGAAAAGGGGUAUGGGGGACCGGAUUCUCAAGAACUUACUGUGAUUGACCCAUUUGGCAACACAAUCACGUUUUGCCAGACUGAGAAGGAUGAAUAA